AAAGAAACUUUAACAAAGGAUUAAAAGUUAUGUAAACAAAGAUCCCUUUAUUUACCCCUCUGCUUCUCCAAGGAGCAGGCGGCUCCUGCCUGCUCUCUGCAGGGCUUCUCUCCUAUCAGUCACUCAGUAGGUAAUUUGCGGCAGUAUUGAUGAUGCAUUUACAGACCAGAAGCACCUGUCAAUGGAAAUGGUGAAGAGUGCUCAGGUUUCUGUGAAUCAGCAGUUGACCAGAAAACUUUUACUCUUUUUGAGACACCAGGGAAGUCUAGGAGUGUAAAGACCUUGAGAAGGAAGCCUGGCCAAACAUCUUUAGUUGGCUCAGUGAGGCAGAGGUUGUGAACGAACACAACGGAUGUCUUCAUGUUCUUAAAGACAGCAUUCUUCAACCAGCAAUAAGGCGUUUAAAGCAUAGGCAUCUGGCAACCAUCAGAAGAACACCAUGGCAGAACCUGAGAAAGGAGUUGUAACUCAUGGGGUGAGAUGCUUCUCCAAGAUCAAGAUGUUUCUGUUGGCAUUGACAUGGGCUUUUGUAUCCAAAUCACUAUCAGGAACUUACAUGAAUUCCAUGCUCACACAAAUAGAGAGACAAUUCGAUAUCCCCACAUCUAUAGUUGGAUUUAUCAAUGGGAGCUUUGAGAUUGGAAACCUUUUGUUGAUUAUAUUUGUGAGUUAUUUCGGAACAAAACUGCACAGGCCCAUCAUGAUUGGUAUUGGAUGCGUAGUUAUGGGCCUAGGGUGUUUCUUAAUAUCACUACCUCAUUUUCUGAUGGACCGAUACGAAUAUGAAACAACGAUUUCAUCUUCAAGCAACUUGUCCUCAAACAGCUUCUUGUGUUCAGGAAACAGAAGUCAGACCUUACUGCCAACUCAUGAUCCAUCAGAGUGUGUGAAAGAAAUUAAAUCACUAAUGUGGAUAUAUGUAGUAGUGGGAAAUAUUAUCCGUGGAAUUGGUGAAACUCCCAUCAUGCCCUUGGGUAUUUCCUACAUAGAAGAUUUUGCCAAAUCUGAAAACUCCCCUUUAUAUAUUGGGAUUUUAGAAACAGGAAUGAUCAUCGGUCCUUUGAUUGGACUUAUGUUGGGAUCCUUCUGUGCAAAACUUUAUGUAGACACUGGGUCUGUGAAUACAGAUGACCUGACCAUAACUCCCGCUGAUACACGCUGGGUCGGUGCUUGGUGGGUCGGCUUUUUGAUCUGUGCAGGAGUGAAUAUCCUGACCAGCAUUCCCUUUUUCUUUUUCCCCAAAACACUCCCAAAGGAAGGACUAGAGGAUAAUGCAGAUGUGGCUAAAAGCGACAAAGAAGAGAAACACCAAGAAAAAGCCAAGGAGGAAAAACGUGGAAUCACUAAAGAUUUCUUGCCAUUCAUGAAGAGCCUCUCAUGCAAUCCAAUUUACAUGCUUUUCAUCCUGAUAAGUGUGCUCCAGUUCAACGCAUUUAUCAAUUCAUUUACCUUCAUGCCUAAGUACCUGGAACAGCAAUAUGGAAAAUCAACUGCAGAGAUAGUCUUUCUCAUAGGUCUUUAUAACUUACCUCCAAUAUGUGUCGGAUAUUUAAUUGGUGGCUUGAUUAUGAAGAAGUUCAAGAUUACUGUCAAGAAAGCUGCAUACAUAGCGUUCUGCCUAUCCCUGACUGAGUACCUUCUAUCUUUCUUUAACUUCAUGAUGGCCUGUGAUAAUUUUCCAGUUGCCGGUUUAACCACCUCUUAUGAAGGAAUUCAGCAGCCUUUGUAUGAGGAUCAUAAGGUGCUUGUUGACUGCAACACAAGGUGUAGUUGCUUAAAUAAAACAUGGGAUCCAGUGUGUGGAGACAAUGGCCUAUCAUACAUGUCAGCCUGCCUUGCAGGCUGCGAGAAGUCUUUUGGAACAGGAAUCAACAUGGUGUUUCAAAACUGCAGCUGCAUUCAGUCUUCAGGAAAUGCAUCUGCUGUCCUCGGGCUGUGUAAUAAAAGCCCUGACUGCACUAUCAAGCUACAGUACUUUUUAAUCGUGUCAGUAUUCGGCUGUUUCAUCUACUCGCUAUCAGCCAUACCUGGGUAUAUGGUUCUUCUGAGGUGUAUCAAGUCUGAAGAGAAGUCACUUGGAAUUGGAUUACAUGCAUUUUGUACAAGAAUAUUUGCGGGCAUUCCUGCACCUAUUUACUUUGGUGCCUUGAUAGACAGAACCUGUUUACACUGGGGAACUCUGAAAUGUGGUGAACCAGGGGCAUGCAGGAUGUAUGAUAUAAAUAACUUCAGGCGCAUUUACCUUGGGUUGCCAGCAGCUCUAAGAGGAUCAAGUUUCAUCCCAGGAAUCGUCAUUCUAAUACUUAUGAGGAAGGUCCAACUCCCUGGGGAAAUUGACUUUUCAGAGACUGAACAUUCAGAGAUGAAGCUCACAGAAAAGAAAGGCGAGCACAAGAAUGUGCACGGAAGUCCUGAGGUUGAGAACGACAAAGACCUGAAAACAAAGCUGUAAUAAGGUUUCCACUGACCUGCCCAAAUCCAGGGAGAGAGCGUGCAUCUGGUUCUUUUGAACCUAUAGUACCUCAUGAGAGGUGUACUAUAGGGACUCGUCUUAUCCUGAAGAACCUCAAAAAUUCUUUUGCUCAUGAUGAAAAUAUUUACUGAUAGCAUUUUCAUAACAUUGGGGUAGUACUUAAGAUUUUCUCAGUGAAGACUAUGGUGACCCCACACUGAACUUUAAAGCUGCCUUUAUUUUCAAACAGCAUUUUCUCUUUUAACUCAAUCAAAGCAAGUGUGUGUUUCUCACAUAUCUGCAAAUAGCAUUAAAACUUGCCCAUUCCUGAGACACUAUUCAAUUUUAUUGAAUUUAUGCUGUAAUGUUGGAGCUAUUUAGAACUGAAAAUUUAUAUGUUGGUUGUGUUACAUUGAAAUAAUUUGUUCAAAUGUAUCUUUUCUAUGUGCAAGAUGUAUGAAUACCUUUUUAUCUAUUUAGAGUUAAAAACUGUCUUUUUGUAUCCUAGACACAAUGCUUCCAAAAUUAGACUUCUCAUUAAUGUGUGGUCUGUUGUUUUCACCCCUUUUUUCAUUACUCAUAUCACACAUUUGAUCAUUUUGUUUAGAGCACUGAAAUAUUUAAUCAUGUUAUUUAAAAUCAUGUAGCAAAGAUGCCUGGAAUUUUCUCCCAGCUAUUAAAAAUGGUAAUGAAACUCUUUCUUAAAAGCAAAUAUUUGAGAAAGCCAGUCCUUUGAGACUGUAUGGCUUUGGCACAAUGCUUGCCUAGAAUGUGGGAGACCCUGGGUUCAACAACAAGGUAAACUACUGAUAAUACAAUAAAAUAUAAAAUAAAGUAAAAACCAAGGCUGGAUGCUGUGUCAGAUGUUAUCAAAAGAUUACUUUCAAAUAUUCAAAUAUUUCAAAUAUUCUAUGACCCAGUGUUCAUUUUACUCAUGUGUCCUCAGAGCACAUAGGAAUUAAUAUUCAAAAUUACCUUAGAGUAAAACCUUUAAAGCAGAGCCAGCUGGGUGGCUCAGUGGGAAGUGAUGUUUGUCUCAAAGUCUGACAAGGUGGUUUUGAUCCCUGGGACCGAGAGAGAAUCAUUUCUUGCAAGCUGUCCUAUGCCCUCUUACUUCCCCACCCACAAACAAAUAAAUGAAAACACAUAGAAAGUUUUUAAGUGUGAGUAUUGCUAUAAAUCUUGGAAUUAAUAAAACUCAAAAUACACUUUAAAACCAAAGUGAAAUUAUGGUGGUUUGAUUGAGAACUGUCCCUUGUGGACUCGGGCAUUUGUGCAUUUGGUUUGCAGUUGAUAACUCUGCUUGGGGAGGAGUAGGGGUUCAUCCUUAAUGGAGGAAGUGAAUCACUGGGCUGGGUAUUGAGAGUUAAAAGCCGCUCUUACCACCAGUUCACUCUCUGUUUAGUGCUUAGGUUGAGGAUGUGACACCUCAGCUUCCUGCCCCAGUCACCAUGCCUGGUGCUUGCUGUCCUGCCUCUUUGCCUUGAGGAACUCCUGUCCCUCUGGAAUCAUAAGCAAAAAUAACCUCUUUUUUUCUUUCAGUUGCUUUGUGGAGUUUUAUCACCACAGUGAAAAGCAACUGAUACAGAAAAAAGUUUGUUGGGUGCCUGAUAAAGAAUGAAGAGAUUUUAAGGAACAACAAGUCUGUGUGUUGUUUUAGAGCUGCGGCUCAAGACAGUAGCAUGGACAGGACUAUUUGUUUCUCUCCCUCACUUUUCUUCCUUUGGUAAAGGAUGCCAGUAAUGUAAAAAUGGCAUAAAUCCCUAAAGAUGGGGAUGUUGAAGAAAGGAAAGGUAAGGAGUGGAGGGGCCAAUAUACAAUGUUUAUUAUGUAUAAUAAAUUGAGAAUCUCUACCGUCCAGAGCAGAUUGAAGGAAGGUACAACCUUAAAAGCUCUUUUGUGAAGCCAGAAUGUUCAUGGGAGAGUUACACUGACAACGUUUUGUUACUUGAACUGAGGCCAAUCCACUUCCAUGAAAGAAGAGCUUAUUUUGCUCCAGAGGUCUCAGUCCAUGAUCACUUGGCCCUGCUGCUUUAGGCCUAGGUCUAUGCAAUGCAUCGGGGUGAAACUCAUAGGAAGGAAGUUGCUGACCUCACAUUGACGGUGAUUCAGAUACACACACA